AUGCACGUCGAGGUGGAAGAUGAUCCGUUCCUCAGCAUCCCUGUCGCGCGGGGACAGCCGUCUAGUGUAAGUUCUAACUCUCGGUCUGGCUCUGGCUCUGGCUCCGGUUACGAGUAUGGCUCUGGCUCUGGCUCCGGUUACGAGUAUGGCUCUGGCGCUGGUUCUGGCCACGGGUAUGGUCCUGUCGCCUUGCGACAACAGGUGACCUUACCCAGUAUGCUCAGCAACGACGACGCUGAUGACGGGAUCCCGUACGACAUGCCCCGGCACAAAUCUAUCCGGAGCGGGAUCCUCGAGCGGCUGAGAUUCGGGACGGUGCGCCGCCCCGCGUCGCAGGAGACGGUUAGUAGCCCCGCGGCGUCCACCGUGCAACACCGCCCUAGGCACCGCCGCGCGGACUCGGACUUCAACGUCGACGAUGUGCAGGCCGCUGCCUCGAGCGCGAGCGAGCGUAUACUCGGGCAGAUGCGUAAAACGGUACGAUGCCGAGACAAGAGAUAUGUUGUCACGGGCGAAGAAGCUUUUCGGCGCAAUAGUGGCUAUAAAUUCACCGGGCUAGAGUGCCCCAUAUUUUCCCUCUGGCAUCGUUUUAUGAGGUUCUCCCUGAUAUUUGGCUUAUUGUGCGCAAUGUUGUCCCUCCCGAAAAGGCUUCCAAGGCUUCCCUAA